AUUUAAUUUUUCUUAAAUUGAUUUACAAAAAUUAUUCAAUAUUACUAAAACAAAAAAAAAACAAAAAAUAUCUAUAUUGUAUUUUAAAAACAAUAAUAUCUUAAAAUAUUGAAAUUUAUCUGAAAAAAACCAAAUCAAGUUGAAAAACCAGAAUACGCGUUCCGUAUUUAAAAACAAAUAAUCCGAAAAGAAACAGAAAAAAAGAAUUAAGCGUUUAAAUGAGAUUCAUGACGAUGAUAUAAAACAAAUGUGUUAAAAAAAAUAAAUAUUUUGUUAACAAAUAUAAAUAAAUAAUUAAACAAAAAAGUGUUUAAUUAAAGUUUUUUUUCAAAGAAAAUAAAAACAAAUUCAAACAAGAAGUGAAAACAGUAAUAAAGACAUACUGUGUCCAAUUUUCUAACAAAGAAUUUCAUAAAUACACACAACUUUAACAAAAAAGGCAAAACAAAAAAAAAAAAAACACAGAAAAAGAUCUGUAAAACAAACUUUACAACUCAAGUAUAAAUAGAGAAAAUUCAAACCAAAACAAACUGUGAAAAAAAAUAUAAUAAAAACAGACUUCCAUCCAACUACCCAACAAACCAAAAAAGUCUAAAGAAUAAACAUUCUAAAGAAACUGCAAAGUGAAGUUGAAAUUGUACUAAAAGAAACAAGUAGAAACAUUUUAAAUAAAACUAUAAACCAGCCCAAUAUAAAUGUGUUAAUAGAAUAAAAAAUAUUUAUAAAAAUUGAUUUGUGUUUUUAAAUGAGUCUUAUAGUGAACACGCGUUGUCGAUUUUCAACUCACCACAAGUAUUAUGCUUAAUAAUGGCAAUAGACUUUUUGAUUUUUGCCGUGCUUUUGCUAUCGUUUAUAAUAAAUUUCUUGGCUUUGGCUGCUUUUUGGGUGACACCCGGUCUGCGAACUACAGCAAAUCGUUUUACUAUUAAUCUGCUCAUCAUUAAUUUGGUUGGUUGUCUUAUUUUAGCUCCCACUUUGUUUCUAAGUGGUGGCAUUGUUGGCGACAGCGAAAGCGGUACUAACGACAGCAGCCUUACAACCGGUUCCAGCCAGUCUGGUUUGAGUUUUUUAACAACCAACACAAACGAUGACAGCAUUGAGUUUUAUUCAAAGGCUGGUAAUCACCAAAUGACAAUUCGCCACAAUGGCAAAUUUGUGGAGCAAGAGGGCAUCAUUCUGCGACGUAAUGUAUCCCACGAUGGUGAGAAUGGUCCACGUACCAUUGAGACCAUUUACAAGUGUAAUACCACCUACUGUCGCGAAUUGACCAUCGAUGAGAAUAGUGAAACUUUGGUAAUUACAGAAAUUGAGGAGGAGGGAAAAAUUCAGCUGCCAAUUGGCAUGCAACAGGAGGAAACAGAUGAAGUUAAGCGUCUAGCAUUACCCUUGCUGACAAUGAGAUCCUGGGCCAUAGAUAUGGCUGCUGCUUUGGGAGCCAUGGGUGUGCUUUUAGUAGUGGGUGAUACCUGGUGUGCCGUAACAGACCCCUUGCGUUAUCACAGUCGCAUAUCGGGAGUUAAGUCUUGGGUGCUAAUAGCUAUUACAUGGGCUAUGGGUAUAUUGUUUGGUGCUUUGUCGGCCUUCCGGGAAAUAGACUUCGAAUCGGAGACCAUCAUCAGCAAACAGAAACGUUUUGCCGAUUCCUCUACCACUUUCUUCACACUCAACUCAGUGAAUAACAUCUUUAGCAUGGUGUUUUCCUGUCUUUAUUUCCUGCUCAUUAUAUUGCUGCCAUUUGGCUUUGUGUGCGGCAUGUAUUGGCGUAUUUUUAGUGAGGCUCGUGAAAAUGGUCUGAGAAUGCGUCAAAAUGGUUCAUCCCCUUUGCUACAAAGUGCACUGAAUCUAACGCAUGGUCCACCAGUGGCUAACCAACAGUAUUCGAAUAGUUUAUGUGUACAUAGGAAUUCGAUUUCUUCGACCUCCUCCCAGUGUGGAGGUUUACAAAUGCAAAUCGAUAAUAAUCAAAAACGAGGCUCACCUGCCUGUCUGAGACGGGACUCGGCGGCGAAAGUACUUUUGCCGCCCAUUUCGGAUGACGGUAUGUCCGAUGAGGCUGAUAAUUGCAGUACAAAUGAUCAGCUCAUCGUAAUACCUGUAACCGAAACUGCUAAUACUCAACAGCAGCAACAAAAAAAUAUUAUACUCACCCUGCAAACGGCCAGUGGUGAGAUAAAACGCAACUAUUCCACCCGCCAACUAGAACUAUUGGCUACAUCCUCGCAGGAUUUGUGUGAUAACACUAGACUGCAGGGUAUACGCCAAGUCCACUCUUCGCCAAAUCUUCAACGAAGUGUAACUCUGCCACAACCCUUAAACGAGAACACUUGCUCACCCCAUCUCCUAGGAGGACAUCUGCCACAAAAUCUACCCAGUAUUCAUUUGAACAGACAUUCAUUUCAACAAAAUCCCAACAACACCAGAACCACCCAUCAAAAUCAUCAACAUCUGCAUCAUCAUCAGUCGCUGCAAAUACCCACCAUUCAAGCCUCACCCAAAGCAUUGAGCUACAUGUCUUCUUUGCGUCAUCGACUAUCGAAUGCGUCGUCUCUCUUCAAGUAUAGGGAUGAGUCUCGAGCAGCUCGUAUCAGCAUUCUGGUGGUAAUAAUGUUCCUGGUAUCCUACUUGCCUUUUGGCUUCUUAGUAUUACUGCAGAGUCGUGUACCGGCAGCCAACUUCGAGCAAUCAAGUCAAUUAGCGAUUUUCAUGAUACUAUUGGCUAAUAUUAGUUCUCCCUUCAUCUUUGCCUACCGCAACAAAAGAGUAAGGAGAGGAGUGAAAAGACUGGUGGGUCUAGAUGCUAUCUGCCGAGACUCGCAACUACAAAGACAAAACAGUUCCAGCUGUCGCAUGAGUGGUUCCAAAUACGGUAACUCGAACCUCAAAAGAAACAGCAGUCGAGUUUCUACUUACUCCACAACAUCGGCCAAAUACCUAACACCGCAAAGUUCGGUGGUCAGUAAUGGUACCAAUUCAGUGCCUGCCUGUUUUAUGAACAACAACAACACUUGUCCUCAAGUGCCACUGAGGCCAAACAGCAGUUGUAGUACCAUCAUUAACUUCAGCCUCAACAAGCAGCCACAAACUUUAGUGGAGACCGACGAACUGAAAUCCAACCAACCUACGAAUAAAAAGCCACGUCCGGUGUUGCAAAGAGGCAUUACGAUAAUUGAACAAGUGCCGCUAAAUGGCAAUGAUGGCGGCAUCUGUAGCGGUGGCAACAGCAUAGGCUGUCACAACAGCAGCAAUAACAACAACACUCCAAAGUUACCAGUUAAACAUAAAUUGUAUAAAUUAUUAUUUAAAAGUUCCAAGAAUCUUAGUUGUGCAGCAGCACAGUCAUGUGCUCAGGGCACUUUAGAUGCUGAACCAACGGAAGUUUAAAUUUAAGUUCUGUUUAAUUUUUAUUUUUUACUUUUUUUAAGUAAUAGUAAGUUUUAUAAAGUAAGUUCUCUCAAAUAUUUAUACUUAGUAUAUUUAUAUAUGUUUUUUUUAUAUAUAUUUUAGCUAUUAAAAGGUCAGUUUUUAACUUAAAACCAAACUAAAUCAAACAAAGAAACAAAAACUAGAAAAAUAAAACAAUUUGUAAGAAAUGUUAAAGUACAAGACAGUUUUAAAAACUAAAAACAGAAUUUUACAAAGAAACGAUGAUAAGCGCAGGAAAGUCAAGGUUUUCAUUUUAUUUUUCUAAAUGAAUCAAUCAAACAAAAAAAAGAAUAAAAUAAUCAAAUUAAAAAAUUGAAUUAAUUGAAUUAAAAGUGAUAGGAAUCUCAAAUGAUUUGAAAUAGAAAAAAAUGUAUAUAUUUUAUAAUGACAUGAUUAAUUUCAAAAGUCCUCUUUAGCAGACUAGAGAGUUUUCGAAACGAUAAGAUUGAACAAGUCAGUUAGUCAGACAGACAGACGGCAGUCGGUCAAUUUGUUUAUUUAAAUUAUUGAUUAUUUUUUUAUUGUUUAUAAUAUUGUGCAAAUAAUUGAAAUAGUAUUUGAGGUUAAAUUAAUCCAAGCAGACAGAGUAUAGUUAUAUAAUUAAGAAAUGAGAACAAAGACAUUUUUUAUUUUUAAAUUUCAUAAAAUUAUUAUACUGAACAAAGUUUAUCAAUCAGCUCUAUUCUAAAAUAAUUGUUUCAAUAAGUUGUACAGGUUUUGUUGUGGUUUAAAAAAAAUUUGAUCAUUCCAAUUAGUUUUUGAACUUUUGUUUUGUUUAUUAAAAAUUAAUAUGCCAAAUUAUAAAUUCUUUAUUUAAUUUAACUCCAGUAUGUUUUUGUUUAACACUUAGUUAAUUUGGCUUGUAGUGUUUAAACUUAUUUGCUUAACAAAUUGUUUGUUAUUGGAUUUUGGGCAUUUUUGUUAAACCAUGACACAGUUACAUAUUUAUUUUAGAAUUUUAAACGAAAUCAAUUAUUAGUUGUUUGGGUUGUUUCUAGAAUAGGGCUGAUUCAUUUUCAAUAUACAUAUAUAAAUGGAAAUUUGUGUUAAAAAUACAUAUUUCAAUAUAAAAAUCUAAACCAAAUAAAUAAUAACAAAAAACAUAAAUUUUUAAUGAUUUAUAGUCAUCAUAUAAAUA